GUCAGCUUCUUCUGAAAACUGCUCUAUUCUCAAUAUUCAUGUCUAAUUUACUGGGUUAUUUGGAUACCCAGUACUAAGUCAGUUUUCAGGUAAGUGGCUUUCUACCAGACAAAGACUUUUUUUCAGCCCACCAAACCAUAGAGCCAACCACAGCGAGGACGGGAGUCCAUGGAACCUCAGAAGCUGCUGAGCGUUGGAUUUCUGCUGUGCUCUCUGACUUACCUCUUGUUGGAGACGGCGGCACCCCCUAGGUCACCUUCAUCUGCCUUUGGAAUACAAGAAAAAACGAGAUGGAAAGCAGGGUCAAAGCCACGCCCAAGGGGAAAGCACAAGUCCUGGCUUAGCAACUUCAGGAAUUAUUUGUGGGAUCUCAUCAAGAACUUCAUACCUCCAGCAGCCAUUUUUGCUUUUCUUAUCACCACAGCAAUAAUGGGGACCCUCUGCUGCCUCACUUUUCUUGUAGGUGAGCCAGUCCAAUGAAGAACUGGGAGAUUCCAUAGGACAAGCAUCGUGUUUGAUUUGCUGUAUUUCAAGACAGUGGAGAGUAGUCUAUUUGCUUAAAAUGAGGGAGCAACCAUUUGUUAAAAUUAAAUUGUUUUC